AUAAAAUUGCAGCCCGCCAUGCUACGUUACGAAAAUGAAGAUUACCGAUAACAUUGUGCGAAAUGUCAAAGUUGCAAAAGUAUUUAGAGAAAAUACUGACAGAAUAAAUAGUCUUGAUUUUUCGGCAAAUGGUGAAACGUUAAUAUCUAGCAGUGACGACGAUUCUAUUGUGAUCUACGAUUGUAUCAAUGGAACGCCAAAGAGAACUCUGAACAGUAAGAAAUAUGGGGUUGAUCUCAUCAGAUACACACAUGCAGCAAACACAGCUCUCCACUGUUCCACUAAGGUGGAUGACACGAUCCGCUAUUUGUCACUGCAUGAUAACAAAUACAUCAGAUAUUUUCCAGGUCACACUAAAAAAGUGGUUACUCUCAAUAUGUCGCCCAUUGAUGACACGUUUCUGUCUGGGUCGAUGGACAAAACAAUCCGCCUGUGGGACUUGAGAUCACAGAAUUGUCAGGGUCUUAUGUACCUAUCAGGUCGUCCAGUUGCUGCCUUUGAUCCAGAAGGUCUUAUUUUUGCAGCUGGAGUCAACUCGGAAACAGUCAAACUCUAUGACUUGCGGUCUUUUGACAGGGGACCAUUCACGACUUUCAAACUACCGCAAGACAAAGACUGUGAUUGGACAGGAAUAAAAUUCAGUCCCGAUGGAAAGCUUAUUGUUAUUUCUACAAAUGGCUCAGUAGUUCGCUUAAUAGAUGCAUUUCAAGGAACGCCAUUGCAGAACUUCACAGGAUUUCAGAACAACAGAGGUGUUCCGCUCGAGUCGUCAUUCAGCCCCGAUUCUCAGUUCGUUUUUGGAGGAUCAACUGAUGGGAAAAUCCACUGCUGGAGCACAGAGACUGGUUCUAAGAUAGCAAUACUCAAUGGAGACCAUCCCAGCUCUAUACAGAACGUACAGUUCAACCCAAAGUUCAUCAUGCUCGCCUCGGCUUGUACCAACAUGGCAUUUUGGCUUCCCUACGUUGAUGAUGCCCAGUCAGGAUAAUCAAUUGUGUGUGAUUAUUAUUAACAAUAAUCAAUGACACACAUCUCGAGUUCUCGAAAUGGUUUCUCUUACAAGACAUUAGACAUGCAAAGUAAAACAUUUUACGCAAAAAUAAGCUGAAGACGACUGGUAUUACAACUCUUACAGAAGAGAAAAUGUCUUGGCCAUUACUUGUUAAUGUAACAGUGCAGUGUGUUACAGAGAAAUUAUUCCUUAACUCCAACAUCUUGGCUUACAACCAAGAUUACCAAACAAAUUCCAGCUUCCAGUCUACCACAGGUUAAGGCUGAAACAAAAGAAGUGUUUGCCAUGGUAGCAGAUCUGUCUUGUGCAAUCAGUAAUGGUAAAUUUACCAAAGUCAGGGUGUGUCAAAUAAUAUUUUAGGCAGCUGAUGUAGUCCAAUUCGUGAACGUGAAACACGCACAAAUAACAUGAACAUUGGAGGUGUCUGCAUUUUGUUAGCGGCUGAAUAGUGGAAAGAAGUUUCACUCUUUUUUUUUUCUCUUUUUUUUAAUAUUAGUGGGGUUAUGUUGACAACUGCAAGAGCAGUCCACUAAAGCCAAGAAUUAAUGUGGAUUGUGUACACACUGUAUAUUUUCUGUAUUGUGUACACUUCACACAUUGUGUAAAUGUGUACACUUUACAAAUUGUGUAUGUAAGUGUACACUUCACAAAUUGUGUGCAUCGGUGUACACUUCCUGCAUAGUGCAAGAUGGUGCAUUCAUUCCCACAUGAGAAAAAUAAAUGAAAACUAUUAGUCUACUAUAUCAUCACAAAGUAUCAACAUCAAUCAUUUUUCUAAGCAUUUCUACUUUUCUAUUUUGGUCACUGCUGUGUACAUUCGUACCAUAUUCAUAACAUCAUGGUUACAUUAGAAGUAACCUGACCCGUCUCCAAGGUUACAUCAGGCCCUAGGUGUUUAAUGUACAGGAUUUCUGCCAGAGGGUAAAACGGGUAUGGUGCCAUACCCAAAUAUUUUUGCAGAGUUUACAUUUUUAAGUUGAACAUUUGACAAAAUUAACGACUCUUAUCAUUACUGUAUGAUUUUUUUUAACCCUGACCUUAAACGUAACCCAUUUUCUUUCAGUGGGAGGCCCUCCAUAACCCCUGUUGACUGUGGUUGCAUUAAUUCGAUAGCGUCCUACCCCCAAAAAUUUAUUUCUGGUAGAAACACGGAUGUAUUAUAUGUAGUUUGAGGUUCUAGUUUGGAUGAACAUUUUUUCAACAUGGAUACUGUCCCAGUAAACUGGCUAGGGAUUUUUAAAGCAAUCUUAACACUACGAAAAUUGUAAAACCAUCGUAGGCUGUGAUGUUACUACAGCACACGUUAUAGUGAUGUCAUUCAUAGCUUACGAUGGUUUUACGAUUUCACAGCGUUAAGAUAGCUUCGAAAAUAUGGGCCCUGGUUUGUUUCGUCGACAGUAUUAUAUCCAUAUAGGCAAUUAAUAUAUUAUUUGUUGCAAUGCCUCGCUUAAAAUCUAAUAUCACAAUAACAGAAAUGACAAAAUUCAAUGUGUUUUUGAUUCACUUUAAAAUAAAGUUAUACAAAUUGAAAUGAUUUUGUAUCUUGUAUUACGGUGAAACCCCUGAAAACCAAUUGUCAGUGACCUGGAAUUCCCUUAAAACUGAACGUUUUUUGUGGUCCCUUUUUAAAUAUCGGUCCAGAACAGACCUGCUCUAAACCAGAUACCCCUUAAAACUGCACUUUUUACUUGGGCACCACAACUGGUACAUCAAAGAUCGUGGU